AUGGACCUCCACACUUGGGAGGACUUGGCAAAUAAGACAAGUGUGGAAGAAUUCAUCCUUCUUGGCUUCCCGGGCAUGUGGUAUUUCCGGGUCUCCCUUGUGGUGGUGUUUGCACUGACGUACUCCCUGACAGUAAUUGGCAAUGCGUCCAUCAUAGCCCUUGUGUGGACCAACAGCAACCUCCACACCCCACUGUACUUCUUCCUCUGCAAUCUCUCCUUUCUGGAGAUCUGGUACACUACAGGUGUUGUUCCUAAAGCCAUAGGAGUCCUUCUGGGGACUAGCCAGACCAUCUCCUUCAGUGUCUGCAUCCUCCAGUUGUUCUUUCUUCUCUCUCUAGGCUCCACUGAGUGUUUUCUCUUGUCUGUCAACACCUAUGACCGCUACUUAGCCAUAUGCUACCCUUUGAGAUACAGCUCCAUCAUGAGCGGUGUCCUCUCUGCUCAGCUGGUGCUCAGCUCCUGUAUGGGAGGCUUUCUGGCCGUCUCACUGCUGGCCUUUCUGACAUCCAGGCUGACCUUCUGUGGCCCAGAUGUCAUCAACCAUUUCCUCUGUGAUAUAGAUUCCUGCCUUGCCCUCUCCUGCAGUGACACAUGGCCAGUGGAGCUGGCAACUUUCCUCGUCUCCAUAAUUAUUGUGGUGGCCUCCUGUGUGGUCACCCUGGUCUCCUACGUGUACAUCAUCUCUUCCAUCCUGAGAAUCUGGUCAGCCCAUGGCCGGAAAAAGGCCUUUUUCCCUUGUCCUGUCCAUCUCAGCGUCGUCACAAUCUGGUGUGGCUCCACCAUCUUCCUGUAUGUCAAGCCAUCGGCCCAGAACUCCCUGGAUCUGAACAAACUUGUCAACACCUUUAACACCGUUGUAACUCCUUUGUUGAACCCCUUCAUUUACACACUCAGGAACAAAGAAGUGAAGCAAGCUCUGGGGCAGGCUUUCCAGAAGAAGUGA